AUGCUCGAAGGUCGACAAACGAUUGAUUCAUACGAAGAAAAUCAAGAAAAAAAUAAUAAUGACGUUGAUAUGUCGGAAUUAAAAAUUGGUACGGAUGCUGAAGGUACAAACGAGACAAAAAUAUCAUCGGAACCAUUAAACGAAGUGAUUUCAUCUCGUAAUUCUAAAGUUCAUAGUCCGACACAAAAAAUGGAUAAACAAUCAAGACCAUCUAGUCCGGUACCUUUAAGGUUACAAGACGAAAGGCAAAAAGACGAUUUCUAUUCGGAUGAUUCGAGAGAUGAAAAUACAUCAUCCAGAGAUACGGUUCUUCAUAUUGGUAAGUUUUGA